GAGAUAUUGCACUUUUUCACAAAGCGUAAUUAGAAAAUUAUUACUGAGUUUCUCUCUAAUUUUCUUUUCUCCCAAACACACCGCUUAAUCCCCCGAAUCUCACGAAAAUAUCUUUAAAAACUCUGAAACUCGUUACUUGUCAUCUUCGAGUUCUUCUUCUUAGUCCGACCCUCCAGGUUUUCCUCUGGUUCGAUCUGAUUCCGAACUUGACUCUGAAACCCUAAACCAAAUCUCAAUACUCUCUUAUAUAAUAAAUUGAUUUAAUAGAAAAAUUGAAACGGUGACGAACAGAAGAAGUUAUCUUGGGUUUUUGAUAUGGGUGAGGAGGUGAGGAUGGGUGAUUACGAAGGCGGUACAGAUGAUGGUGGUGCUGAUGAAGAGCGGGUACUGGAAUGGGAGACUGGGUUACCGAGCGUGGACGAUCUAACGCCUUUGUCGCAGCCGUUGAUCCCGCCGGAGCUGGCGUCAGCGUUUAGUAUUUCACCGGUGCAGUAUAGGUCGCUGGUCGAUGUCAAUCGCGCGUCGAGGGAUACGUUAUCUUCUCUUCGGGGUAUGCAAUCGCAGGCUUUCUCUUCGAAUAAUUUCAAGUCAUUCGGUGAUAGCCCUGACUCCAUGGUAGUUGAGAACGACGAGAACGAGAACGAGAACGAUGAUGAUGAUAAUCGGGAUGGGUCUGGAUCUGAUUCUCGGAAAUCUAGAAAAAUUGACUGUGUCGAGGAGGCUGAUUUUGCUCUCCCAACUGACAAUCCGACCGAUGACCCUUCAGCUCGGACCCUCAAGAGGCCUCGCCUUGUAUGGACUCCUCAGCUUCAUAAACGGUUCGUCGAUGUCGUGGCACAUCUGGGUAUCAAGAACGCGGUUCCUAAGACCAUUAUGCAAUUGAUGAACGUGGAGGGCUUGACCCGCGAGAACGUGGCUAGCCAUUUGCAGAAGUACCGGCUAUACUUGAAGAGGAUGCAGGGUUUAUCGAACGAUGAUCCGUCGUCUUCUGACCAGCUCUUUUCGUCCACACCGGUACCGCAGAGCUUUAACGAAUCCGGCGGGAGCGGUCACUCACAUGGAAACGGGCACUUGCCGGUACCGAUGCCGAUUCCGUACCAGUCGAUGAUGUCUAUGCCGGUUUUAGGAAUGGCUCACGGUGGCCAUGGACAUAUGGGCAUUCCCGUUGGGGCUCCCAAUGGUGCCGUGGGUUACCAUGGGUUCGAGUCGCAUCAUCCGUACAGCAUGAUGCAGCAGCGAGAUUGGUCUGGAAAUAAGUAUGGUUCGGUGGUAACUUACCCACAUGUGGCUCCAAAUGAGAAAUAAAACUCUUUAUACAUUAUUGACACCAUAAUCUGAGAAGUUGAGCAAGUUGGUUGAAGUUAAUUCUUGGAGCUCAACUAGUAAGGUUGCUAGAUUGCUAAUCCUGAACUUGACAAGCAUGGGAAGGGAAGGGUUCUUAGGUACUACAUGAAGACACUAGAGGCAUAGUCGAUAUGAUAUGGGAUUACGAUCCAUCCUUCCAUACAUACAUAUAUAUCAAUAUACUAUAUAAAUUCUUUAUAAUGCAGGAGAUUCACGGAGUAGUACUUCUAGUCCUCAUGUUGACAGCACGUCACUAGGUCUAUAUUAAACUUGUUUAUCAAUUGAUAAGUGUCAUUCUCUUUUCUAUUAAUCAAUGUAUUAAACCUUCUUUCUCAGCAGCAAAGCAAAUAAAAACUAAGCAAAAGUGUCAGCUGUUCUACCUUGCUGAGUUGAAUGCCUUUAUCAACUUGUAGCCUCUUGUCAUGUACGAAAUUCUUUUCAAUUAUAUAUACGUGCAAAUUAGCUGAUUAUACUA